UUCAUUAAACAAAUUCAUACAUCUUUUCAUCAUUUCUAUUCUCUCACAUCCAUUUCUAAAAUUAUUCAAUAAACAAAAUUAUGUCAGUCCAUAACAACUAAUCCAAGAACCUUUCCCGCCAUAAAAUAUGCUAUCUUCUGUUCUUCCCGAUUCCAACAAUGGAAGAGAUUCCCCAUCAUCGUCCAAGUCUCCAUAUCUGCCACCGAAUCCAAUGAGCCGGAAUCAAAAGCGCCGGGAGAGAAGAAAGCAAAACCAGCAGAACGUACAUCAUUCGCUGUACACCCAGCACUUCUCCAACUAUCGGUUGCCCAUGGCUGUAGCUGUGGCCUCGCAUUCCGAUGAACAGAUUCUACGGCUGGACAGCUUCCAAUCCUUUACGGCUGCGCCCAGCGAACGUGCAGGAAGAAGUCCGCUCUUUGUAGUCUCGCCCAGCCCCUCGCCUUGGGACAGACUGAAUCUGGUGCCCUGCCCAUGCAGCGGAUGUCGCUGUUCUCUGCAUAUAUCUGCCCUGCUAGGUCACUAUUUGAACGAUCAUAUGCCGAGUUCUGGGAUUCCCCUUGAAGAGGUCAGGAUCAACAAACGUGUGUCCCUAAGCUGCCACUUUAGCAGCCUCGAGAGCGAUAUUAACACAUUGCUGGGAGUAUUUGUAUAUCGUCGGCAUGGCCUGAACCCCCUCAAGUGCCAACGCAAUACUCACCUACCAGCAAGGUACCGCCAUUAUUCGCAGCACGAUGCCCUUAUGGUCUUUGCCUGUCGCACCCAACACUCAAUGUUGUGGCAAAAACAGAAGACAAAGAACGAUGUCCUGGCCAUCUGGGUCAGCACUCCUCUGCAAAAGGCGACCAUCUCGUUACGCCUAACAGUCCAAGCGGCCAAAUCUUCCCGCUACUACUCCAAGGAAUUAAAGGCACGUCCCAUACAUCAAGAUAGUCUGUCUUGCAAGGAAUUUAUAAAAACCGACAGUAAUGUCAUCCUCAUCAGUUUUGAUGAUCUACGGGAGGUUAUGGACUUGGAUGUGUGGCAGCAGAUGCUAAUGGUGGAGCUGAAGGUGCUAGGCGAGGAAAAGUUUUAAAAACACCAAUAAAGACAACAGCAUUUUGAAUA